GUGAGAAAAAAUAUAGUUGUCUCAUUUUAACUUACUGCACCAGUUCAGCAGUGCAGCUAUAAAGAAGACCCAGGGAUUCGAGUCCGUCCGACGAGAAGGUGACGAACAGGUAGCUGUGGACGAGUAAAUGUUGGCAACGGCGAGCAUGGACUCGAAUUGUCAGAAUUCUACGUUGAACGCUAAACACUUGCUCGGUCAGUUAAACACAGCGAGGCGGGAGAUCAAUAAUUUGAGACAACAGGUGAAAAGUCUGAGGUAUAUACUGGAUAAGGAUGUCGACAAUAUCAAACGUCUCUUGGAAUUGCAACAGCAUGGGGAAACUAUUCCGCAGUCUAAAUUGAUAUCUUCGGAGCAAGCCAAACCUAGCACAAGUAAAGAACAAGAGAUUCUUAAGUUGAAGCCUAUUGGUGUGAUUUCCACUUGGUUCCCUAACAAAAGAGCCACUCCGCGGCAACCUGGAAUUUGCGGAAAGGUUCCUGGGAAGCUAACGCUCUAUAAUUCUGUAUUUACGAAUCCGGAUCAUGCCUUACAAGGCUUACAGGACUUUUCUCAUAUGUGGAUUUUAUUCCACUUUCACAGAAACGAUUCCACGCACACUCGUGCAAAAGUAGCACCGCCGAGAUUGAACGGAGUGAGAACAGGCGUAUUCUCUACGCGUUCUCCGCACCGGCCUUGUCCGAUCGGGUUGAGUCUAGUUAAGAUUCUGAAGAUUGAAAAUCACACGAUAUAUUUCGAAGGUGUCGACAUGGUGAAUCAAACCCCCGUUCUCGAUAUAAAGCCUUACAUACCGCAGUAUGACAGCCCACUUCACAUUGAGAAGUUGAGUAACAGACUAAGGGAGAACAACGCGAAUGCCUCAGAUAUGCUUCACAAUAUGGAGGAGAUCCUCAAUUCAAGUGAGAGCCAGUCGAUCGACUCCGCCACCGACGAUGUAGACGUCAAUAACGACGAACAAGUCGAGCCUGUUGACGUUUCCAGAGACGAGGAGAUAGCCUUGAGGCUGCAAGUGGAGGAGUACGAGGGUUACCCGAAUCUCGGCAGCUACGACAUCACCAGGCAACCUGGCCAGUUGACGGAAAACCGUGUUAAUGCAGUCACUUUGUUGCAGAAUGUAGAUAUCUCACACAGAGGAUCAUACCGCGCUCAGAGUAGGUCGCCCAACGCAACGACAGAAGUAGAUUCGUCCACCGACCACAGUACAACCUCAGCGACCGAAGCGACCCUGGCGGACUCGAUCAGAGAUUUGAAUAGCAGACUGCAGGACGUAGACAUGAGCAAUCCAGAAGCGGCGCGCACGCAGAGAGAGCGCGACAACGAGAUCAAUUACACGGGAAAUCAAAUCUCCCGCAACUCCAGACUGCUGGACGGAGCGGACGGGCCGAGCACAGUCUGCGGCACCGACGUGGACUUGGUGAACCGUCACGUGCUGCACGCGAGGGUCGACAACUCCCCUGUGAGGAUGGGGAUACGCGAGGCGCCAGACGGGGAGGAAGGGCUCGAGUCCCAGGCUCUGACACCGUCGCAAACCUUGCCGAACAUCCACGCGGCCGCGAGCGUGCCGGCCGGGCAGGCGAACGCAAUGACGGAGAGCAACUUCUCGGAAAUCCGCGUGCCGGACUGGAUAUCGCAGCCUCGCACGGCGACGUUGUCGGUGAUCUUCAACGAGCGCGCCCUGAUGCAGCUGAGCGAGAUUCUGGACGACAAGGUCGACGAGCAGAAGCAAGCGAUAGAGAACGUGCUCAGGGAGGACCCCAGGUCGGUGUACCUACGGCAGAGGUGGGGCAGCCAGUUCUACACUUUCCUUAUACACGACUUGCAUAUCACGUGUAGGUUCGACGACACCAGAGGUGUCGUCACCGUGUUCCAAGUGCGGCACGCAGGCCGUACUUGCGACUGCGGGGAGCCCGAGUGGCAAUGCUUGGGGCACUCCUCGAUAUCUUAAUGUACAUACACGCUGCAAGAACUUCUCCCUGGGAGUUGAGUGCGAAAGCAUACUCUCUCGGGAACGUGCAGUGAGCGGAAGCGACGAGCCACUGUAGCUGAUAGCAUGCAGUGGAAUAGCUGUAGGUAUCAUCUUCCGUGGUUGCAGCUCUCUCCACGCGCAGAUAUGCGAGAUGUGGUUGGAUUGAACAAGCGGAUCGCGCGUGCUGAGAACUAACGAAGAAGAGUUGAAGCGGCCUCGGAGGGGGCAAGCAGCUUGACACUCGCGCGACGAACCCAGUCCACUUUCAGACUGCUGAGCUGACUACUUGACAGUCGAGCAUAAUUCUUGUAGAUUCGUAUGCUUCGUGAAGAUAAUACUCUGUACCGUCUGUGAAGCGGGCUUCGGCUGGAAAACAUACUAGUGCUGGAACACCCAAUCAUCCUAUUCCGAUUUGGCAUCCUGUGAUUCUUUUAUUCCCAAAACUGAAGAGCACGCUGAGGGGAUUCGCUUCGAGUCUGCGGAGUCGCGCAAAGACGACGGAGUUGCCACAAGGCUUAACAGGAGAGUGGACUCGCGGCACUGCUUAGAACAAUAGAAAAUCCUACUGCAACGACGUGUAAACGAAGAAGGGGACUACCUUGAAGAAAGCAAAAGUUGGAUUAUGUGAUAUUUUAAUGAAGUUACGUUAGAACGAAGAUCCGGUAAUUUAACACAGCCGUACCUCGCAUGUCUUAGUAGGAUAAAGAUCGGGUAAAAUUGACGAGUCGAAUAAAGACGCGGUGAGUAAAAAACCAACGUGCGUAUAUUUCACGUAUGAAGCUACGUGUCAUUUUAAAAUUACAACUGCACAGCUCCUCGUAGUGACGAGUUCGUCGACGUCGAAGUGUCUAUGUAUACAUUCUUAUGGUAGAAUCUGCGCCCGCAGAGAACACCCACGGUUGAGUCGGGUGGAACAUGACGUCCAAGAUACCAAAAUCGUUGUACGCUUCGUGGUUGCAGAACCUCUUCAGCGGCACGAUCAGCGGAUUUUGCAGGAGAUCGCUGGAAAGAUGCGCAAACAUUAUCGCGGCGGUGCACAACGACGAAACAAACGAUAUUCAAAAAGACUCU